CGCCGCCAAAAAAACGCAACAGCAACAACAAGAAUUUAAACAACAACAACAAAAAAACCGAAACACGAUGAUCAGAAAGUAAUAUUAUCAGUUUAAAAAUUUAAAUUAGCUAGUGUUACCAACAAAAUUAAUCGUAAUAAACUUAGUAUAUGAAGUACGGAGGAAUCUGAGUUUUCCUUGGUAAAGAGAGAGGGAGGAGUAAAAUAAGUAAAUUAAAAAAAAAAGGUUUUAAUUUCCGGUCAGUUUUGAGUUUCGAGUUUUCGCGUCGCCGAUAUACGGGCCGAUUCGGGUUAAACGGGUACUGUAAAUAGGAUGUAGUUGUAACAUAACCACAAGAGGAAGAAGCCACCUAGUGCGACUUAGGGACCAACGACUAUAAUAAAAAAAAUAAAUUUAAUCAAAUAAAGAAAUAGUUGAGGAUUUAAAUAAAAAAAAAACGGGAAAGUUUUAGUGUUGUCGUCUGUACAUAGUUUGUUUCCAUUCUUUCAGUUCGCGUUUGUGAGAUGGCUUUGGUGAAUGUGACGGCUAGAGCCUCGCUGGCGGUGGAGGAGAUGCUGCUUCUCGUCGGGGACAACGGUACCCUGGGUAACGGUUCGCUGAACGGAACCGUCGCGGUGCACCACUAUCCCAGUGGAUACACUCUGCCGCAGAUCGUGGUCGCAUCCAUCGUGGUGACUAUUCUGAUGAUCGUCGUCGUCGUCGGUAAUAUGCUGGUGAUCAUCGCGAUCACCACGGAGAAGGCGCUGAAGAAUAUCCAGAAUUGGUUCAUAGCCUCGUUGGCUGUUGCGGAUUUCUUUCUGGGAUUGAUAAUCAUGCCGUUCUCGUUGGCCAACGAGUUGAUGGGUUAUUGGAUCUUCGGCGCUUGGUGGUGCGAUAUCCAUUCUGCUAUGGACGUUCUGUUGAGUACUGCCAGUAUCAUGAACUUGUGCUUGAUCUCCUUGGAUCGGUAUUGGAGCAUCACGCAGGCUGUGGAGUAUCUGAAGAAGAGGACCCCGGUGCGGGCCGUCGUGAUGAUCACCGCCGUUUGGCUGCUGUCUGCUCUCAUCUGCAUACCGCCCUUAUUGGGUUGGAAGGUCGAUCAGCAACCUCAGGAGCAAUAUCCCAAAUGCCAGCUUCUUCUUGGGGGUGGUGAUGGAGAUGAAGAUGGAGAUAGAGAGCUUGAACAGUUCGUCCUGCUGUUCCGAGCCCACGGGUGGCGUGUUGGAACAGGGCAAGCAAAAGCGGGACAGGCCGAAAAACAAAAACACCGAAAACAAAAAACCAUCACACAAAAAGUACUCGAAUCCAACGACGAUGAUACUUUUAAAACUCCAACGAAAAUUACAAAAACUACAUCUGCUCAGUCUUCGACUUCACAAACCACUAGAAAUACCUACACUAAUACCUUCGUGGUAAAAACUGCAACAAAUAUGACCAGGACCAAAAACGAUUGGUCCAAAAACACCUGCAACCGUUCAGAUGUUGUAAUACUCACCAAAUCAGGGUUUCUGAUGAAAUCAAAGACGUGCAAAAUAUCAGUAAUCGCCUACCUCAGAUAUGCAGGGCAGAGACAUUAUAAGCAGCCAUUGAGAAAGUGCUUUUCCUAA